AUGUUUCUGAUACCACAUGAAGGUAACCCUACUGAAGCCAUUGUGGACGAUGUUUAUGAUUCAUUUGUUGCAAACUAUGGUCAGCCGGCUUAUCUUUCAAACAGAGCAAUCGUCACUCCAACAAAUGCAAAGGUAUCCGAAAUCAAUGAAUACAUGUUACAAUUAGUCCCAGGAGAUUCGAAAGCAUAUUAUAGCUCGGACUCAUUGUUGCAGUCAACAGAAACUGCUGAUGCUUUUGAUCAGUGCUAUCCUGUUGAAUUCCUGAACACUCUGAAAUUCAAUGGAGUGCCUGACCACGAGCUGGUGCUCAAAAACAACACUCCAGUGAUGUUGCUUCGGAACCUGAAUCCUGCCCUUGGCCUGUGCAACGGGACGAGGAUUAUGAUCACAAUGUUGGGAAAUGAUAUCAUAAAAGGAAAUAUCAUGGGUGGGACUCUCGACACGGAUGAGGUUAUCGUUCCAAGGAUUGUGCUCAACAUAGAGAACCCCAAGUGGCCAUUCAUAUUGAAAAGACGUCAGUUUCCAGUUCGUUUGUGCUAUGGAAUGACGAUUAACAAAAGUCAAGGUCAGACACUUGACAAGGUGGGAAUUUACCUACCUGAACCUGUCUUCAGCCACGCGCAGCUCUACGUGGCAGUCUCAAGAGUGAAAUCGGCCAGGGGAUUGCGCAUCCUGAUAGACAACCCAGAGGACAUCCCACAUGAUCACACAAGAAACAUAGUAUUCAGGGAAGCUUUUGCUGAUAUCAUGACUGAUUGA